ACUAACAAAUUCAUUUUCUUGUGAUCUCACAUUAUUCAAUUUUAUCAAUCGAGAAGAAAAUAAUUUUUGAAAUUAACACAAUCAUGUCUUACGGUGAAAGUGAGUAUGGUGGAAGUGGAAUUGGAUCCGGACAGGGAAAACCCAAAAAGUCACAUGGAUCUGGAUAUGGACGAAACGACGAUGAUGAGCCCCAAUCUGAAUAUGGAUCUGGUUACGGGUCAAAAAGUGCUACUCAUGACUCUGAUGAUCAGUACGGGUCAGGUGGAUAUGGGAGCAAAACCGGAUCCGGUGGGCAUGGAAGGAAAAGUGAAUACGGGGAUAAGAGUUCGGAAUAUGGAUCUGGUUAUGGAAAUGAAUCGGGUGGAUAUGGGAGUAAAACCACAUCCACCGGGUAUGGAGAUGAUUCGGGUGGGUAUGGGGGUAAAACCACAUCCACCGGAUAUGGAGAUGAUUCGAAUGGGUAUGGGAGUAAAACCACAUCCACCGGGUAUGGAAAUGAUUCGGGUGGAUAUGGGAGUAAAACCACAUCCACCGGGUAUGGAGACGAUUCGGGUGGGUAUGGGAGUAAAACCACAUCCACCGGGUAUGGAGAUGAAUCGGGUGGGUAUGGGAGUAAAACCACAUCCACUGGAUAUGGGAAUGAAUCGGGUGGGUAUGGAAGUAAAACAACCUCCACCGGGUAUGGAAAUGAAUCGGGUGGGUAUGGGAGUAAAACCACAUCUACCGGGUAUGGAGAUGAAUCGGGUGGGUAUGGGAGUAAAACCACAUCUACCGGGUACGGAGAUGAAUCGGGUGGAUAUGGGAGUAAAACCAAAUCCACCGGUCAUGGAAGAAAGAGUGGUGGUGAUGAUGACGACGAUGAUGAGGGGAAAAAAUCAGCAUACGGAUCUAGUGGGUAUGGGAGUUCAACAGUUGAGAGGCCUAGUUAUGGUAGGUCCGAGGAAGAUGACUACAAGAAGUCUAGCUAUGGGAAGGGCGGUGACGAUGAUGAAGGCUAUGGUCGCAAGAAAUAUGGUGAUUCUGACUCUGACUCCGACAAGGAGAAGAAUAAAAAUCGUCGCAAAAAGCACUCCGAUGAUGAUUGAGCAGAGUCAUGAUUUUCUCAAAUGUGAUCUAUUCAUGUGUUAUUUGAAGUUAGUUAGUAGUAAAUAAAAUAAAAUUGGCAUGUCUUCACAGUGUUUUAUUGUUACGUUGCAAAAAACACUGAUGAUUGAGCUGAGAUGCUUUUGUCAUCCGCUCCAAAUUUAUGCCAUAUUAUUAUUAUUAAAUGAACUUUUUUAUGUGUUUGUCGAGUCAUGUUUGUACAGAGAAGGAAAUGCCAGUAGUUAUUUGUAUCAAUAGGUACUUUGCUCUUCUCUACUUCAAUAAAAUUUAGGACUUUUUUGGUGAUAUAUGCUAUAAAAGUUCUUCUUUUCUA